AUGCACUCGCGUCGGCCCGAGACUUUGAAGAUUGACAUCUCCAAGUAUAGGGGGGUCGAAGAAGACUCCCUCUUGAGAUGGUUCGUCGAAUUGGAUGACGCCAUAAGGGCGCGUCGCAUCGACGACGGGGAUAUGCAAGUUGCAUUUGCCCAGUCAAAUCUGGCAGGACGUGCCAAGACUUGGGCACUGGGGCUCAAGCUGCACGACCCAUAUGCGUUUGGGUCGUUGGAAGUCUUCAAGUCGCGGCUCAGACAAACGUUUGAACCGCCUAGAGCUGAGUUCAGAGCUCGAACCGAACUCUUGAAGCUCAAACAGGGUAAGCGUGAUGUGCACGCUUACGCUCAACAUAUACGACAUCUCACGAGUUGUAUAAGUUCCAAUCCGGUGGAUGAACACACGUUGGUUUCGGUGUUCAUGCAGGGUCUUGCGGAUGGUCCCGUCAAGACUCACCUGUUCCGGCUUGAACUAGAUUCACUAGAACAAGCCAUUUCCAUUGCGGAGCAGGAAGACUUCAGUCUGAGACAGGCUCGCGCCAGCUCGACAUCAUAUCGUCAACCGAGACGAUAUGACAACGGAGGUCCAGAGCCGAUGGAACUCUGUUAUGUAGAGAGCGAGAAGGCUCGCUCUACAGGCUACAAGAAGUUGCAGAGAUGCAACAGAUGUCAAAAGACAGGACACUACGCUUACGAGUGUAGUGCCCCUCGUCCAGUGUCUCGCGACACUGGGCGUAGUGACCGUCCACCCAUGAGAAAGGGGCAGGGACGAGGGUCCGCAGUUGGUGCAAAGACGCAACAACGGGAUGGACCGUCAAAAAACGGACAGGAUCAGUAG